UGGGCGAUUAACCCUUCCCCUCCCUCUUCUCCGUGCAUUCACUACUUUCUGCUUCGGGCUUUAUCCGGAUUUGGGGUCUGCUUUCUUCACCGACCUCCAUCUAUCGAGACCCUAACCUUCGGAUCAGGUCUGAGCAUCCAAAUUUUGCACAGGAGGUUUAUUUGUCCGUGCGGUCUUUCAAUUGUCAACCAAGGUUCAUGUCUGAAUUCGACCUCCAGACUCCCGCUGCUUUUGAUCCCUUUGCUGAGGCAAAUGCUGAAAGUUCUGGUGAUGGGUCAAAAGAUUAUGUGCACAUUCGUGUUCAGCAGCGAAAUGGUAGGAAGAGCUUGACAACUGUGCAGGGGUUGAAGAAAGAUUUCAGCUACAACAAAAUAUUGAAGGACCUUAAGAAAGAAUUUUGCUGCAACGGUACUGUUGUUCAGGAUCCGGAAUUGGGCCAGGUUAUUCAGCUUCAAGGUGAUCAGCGGAAGAAUGUAUCUACUUUCCUCGUCCAGGCUGGAAUUGUGAAGAAAGAACACAUCAAAAUCCAUGGUUUCUGAUCUGCUCGGACAAUUAGUACAUCCAUUGCCGCUUGUAUUCUGCCAGUUGCCUAUUAUCUUAUCUUUUGUUUCCAGUUGCCGGUUACGAUUUGCUUGUGUUAUGCACAAUUGUUAUGGGACAUGAUGAUGUACUUCAUUUUCUGAAUAAUGACAACUUUGUCAAGUGGUUCUCACUCAGAUUA